AUGAAGUAUAUCUCAUCAUCCUUGGCAUCUGCCGCCGCCGCCGCUGCAUUGUACGGCAGCAGCGUAUCUGCGCAAAAGCUGGUCUUUGCGCACGUCGUCGUUGGAAACACGGCAGCCCACGAACAGUCGACGUGGGAGACAGACAUUAAGCUUGCUGCGGAUGCCGGCAUUGACGCUUUCGCACUCAACGGUGGCUACCCGGACACCAACGUGCCCACUCAGAUUGCCAAUGCCUUUGCGGCUUGUGAGUCGGUCAACAAUGGCUUCAAGCUGUUCUUCUCGUUCGAUUACCUCGGUGGAGGUCAGCCGUGGCCGGCCACUGGCGACAACUCGGUCGUCGGACUACUGACCAAGUACAAGGAUUCGUCUUGCUACCAGAACUACAGCGACUUGCCGUUUGUUUCCACUUUCGAGGGAACCGACAACAUUGAUGACUGGGCUCCCGGUGGAACAAUUCGAUCUGGAGCUGGCGAUGUCUACUUUGUGCCAGACUGGUCCAGUCUCGGUACAUCGGGAAUUACGGCGGACUUGGAUAACAUCCAGGGAUUCUUCAGCUGGAACAUGUGGCCAACCGGAGCGAACAACAUGACCGAUGAUGGAGACAAGGCCUGGACUAGUACUCUUGGGUCCAAGACGUACAUGAUGGGAGUUUCGCCUUGGUUCUUCCACAGUGCCAGUGGAGGUACUGAUUGGAUCUGGCGUGGAGAUGACCUGUGGGCCGACCGAUGGCAACAGGUCCAGGAUGUCGACCCCCAGUUUGUCGAGAUCGUCACAUGGAACGACUUUGGUGAGUCGAGCUACAUCGGACCCUUUGUCAGCGACAGCGAAGUGCCCACUGGUUCUGGUGUGUACGUCGACAACAUGCCACACGAUUCCUUCCGUGAUUUCCUGCCGUACUACAUCGCCACCUUCAAGGGCAACGACUUUGACAUCACCAAGGACCAGAUGCAAUACUGGUACCGUCUCUCCCCGGCCAGCGGUGGCGACGCCUGCGGCGUUUUGGGCAACGACCCCGACCAAGGCCAGACCGAGGUCGACCCGAACACGGUUGCUCAAGAUGCUGUCUUCUUCAGCGCCCUUUUGACAGACGAUGCCACCAUCCAGGUCCAGAUUGGAAGCGGAUCGCCCACUCAGUUCGACGGUGUCAAGGGCAUCAACCACUUCUCGCAAUCAUUCGACGGACAGUCCGGUGCCGUCGCUUUCAGCAUCAUCCGCGAUGGUGCCACCGUCGGAAACGGUACUGGAGCGGCUAUCACUUCGUCGACUAGCUUGUCGAACGGCUGCACCAACUACAACGUCUGGGCUGGAAGCUUUUAG